GCGAGGGUAGGGUGUUUCCUGUUUUUCUGUAUUUGACGCCAUUUUGUGGGUUUAAACUAUCAAAACAGAGUGAGUUCACUCAUUGUUGGCAUUGGAACAAGUUUGUGUUGAGGCUACUGCUGGAGUUUUUAUUUUUGAAGAAACCUUUUGCUCUCUCUCUCUCUCUCUCUCUAUAGCACCACUUUCAAUCUCUGUUGCCCAUCGCUCCCCUGCCUGUGGCUCUCUCUGAAUCGCCUUGCACUGGAGGGGCAGGUGAUGAGUUCUGUGUCUGUUGCCUGCCCCACUAGCCCAGCUCCUUGCCUGGGACAGGGGGUCGCUAGCCCUUGCCCGUCCGGCUGCGUGGGGACCUCGUUCAUCAUCCAGAUAGGACUGACCCGGGAAUCCGUCCUGCUCCCGACUAGUGGCGACAGCACCUUAGCGAGAGUCAAAGAACUUGCCUGUUCCAUCGUGGACCAGAAGUUCCCAGAAUGCGGCUUCUAUGGAAUGUACGACAAAAUCCUCCUCUUCAGACACAACCCGACCUCGGACAAUAUCCUGCAGCUGGUGAAAUCUGGGCACGAUAUCCAGGAAGGAGACCUGAUUGAAGUUGUGUUAUCAGGUGCUGCCACUUUUGAGGACUUCCAGAUUCGCCCACAUGCCCUGAAUGUGCACUCGUACCGCGCGCCAGCGUUCUGUGACCAUUGUGGCGAGAUGCUGUUCGGGCUGGUGAGACAGGGACUGAAGUGUGACGGUUGCGGACUGAACUACCACAAGAGGUGUGCGUUUAGCAUCCCGAAUAACUGCAGUGGGGCCAGAAAGAGGCGACUGUCCAACACCUCGCUGACCGGAUCCAUCAGCUCGCGAUUGUCCGUCUCUGAGCUCUUCCUCACAUCACCGAGUGACAGCCAGAAGAGCCUGGUGGAAACGGUGUCUCUGAAGGAAAAGCGUUUGAACCUGGGCAUCUACACGGGACGGCCGAUUGAGCUGGACAAAAUCUUCCUGUCAAAGGUCAAGGUUCCACACACGUUUGCUGUGCACUCCUACACCCGGCCCACCGUCUGCCAGUUCUGCAAGAAAUUGCUGAAGGGGCUGUUCCGUCAGGGGCUACAGUGCAAAGACUGCAAGUUCAACUGCCACAAACGAUGCUCCGAGAAAGUACCCAACGACUGCUUAGGCGAAUCAAUCGCCAACGGGGAUGUGAUGAGCCCCGGCAUUGACGUGGACGUAAACAUGGAGGAUGUUACAGACGACGGCGACGGAGACAAAACCCUGACCAUGGACGACUUUGACGAAUCGCCCACCACCCCCAGCCACCGCUCGGAGAACGGUUACCCCGGCGAUGACGACAGCCCCAACAGAAUGAUGAGUGAUCCCAUGGCCAGCAACAUCCCCCUGAUGCGUGUGGUACAGUCUGUCAAGCAGACCAAGCGGAAAUCCAGCACCACCCUGAAAGAGGGUUGGGUGGUUCACUACAGUAACAGGGAUGCGCUGCGGAAGAGACAUUACUGGAGACUGGACUGCAAGUGCAUCACCCUGUUUCACCAUGACACCGGGAAUAAGUAUUACAAGGAGAUCCCCCUCUCGGAGAUCCUGGGGGUGGAACCUGCUGAGAACUCUGUGACCAUCCCUCACUGCUUCGAGAUCCGGACGGGCAACGUGGUGUACUUUGUGGGCGAGAAUCCUGCCUCGCACCCACCUUCGGGAUCCGGAGAUCAGGGCAGCGUCUCCUGGGUGGAGGAGGCCAAGGCCUGGGAAGCUGCUAUCCGGCAAGCACUGAAACCUGUCAUCUUCCAGGACACUCAGGACCCCCAGGAGCAGACCCCACACAGACAGGCCUCAGUCAAUUUCUCCGUGCCCAACAGUCAGAGCCUGGAGAAUGUGGAUAUUGCGACUGUCUACCAGAUCUUUGCAGACGAGGUGCUUGGAUCCGGCCAGUUUGGGAUUGUUUAUGGAGGCAAGCACAGAGAGACCGGGCGGGACGUAGCAAUCAAAGUCAUUGACAAACUACGCUUCCCAACCAAACAGGAGAGCCAGCUACGCAAUGAGGUGGCCAUCCUACAGGGCCUGUCCCACCCUGGAGUGGUCAACCUGGAGUGCAUGUUCGAGACUCCUGAGAAGGUGUUUGUCGUCAUGGAGAAACUUCACAGCGACAUGUUGGAAAUGAUCCUGUCCAGCGAGAGGGGCCGGCUACCGGAAAGGAUCACCAAGUUCAUGAUCACACAGAUCCUUGUUGCCCUCCGGCAUCUACACUUCAAGAACAUCGUGCACUGUGAUCUCAAACCAGAAAAUGUGCUGCUGGCGUCAGCUGAGCCCCUCCCUCAGGUGAAACUCUGUGACUUUGGCUUUGCCCGAAUCAUCGGCGAGAAGUCCUUUCGCCGCUCGGUGGUGGGCACCCCGGCCUACCUGGCACCUGAGGUACUUCUGGACAAAGGCUACAACCGCUCCCUGGACAUGUGGUCAGUGGGGGUGAUCCUGUAUGUCAGCCUCAGCGGCACCUUCCCCUUCAAUGAGGACGAGGACAUCAACGAUCAGAUCCAGAACGCUGCAUUCAUGUACCCACCCAAUCCCUGGAAGGAGAUCUCGCAGGAAGGCAUUGAUCUGAUCAACAACUUGCUCCAGGUGAAGAUGAGGAAACGAUACAGUGUGGACAAGUCUUUGAGUCACCCAUUCCUGCAGGACCAGCAGACGUGGUUGGACCUGCGAGAGCUGGAGUGCAAGAUUGGAAAGCGGUACCUGACCCACGAGAGCGAUGACCCACGCUGGGAGCAAUGCAGCCGGGCACAGCACCUACAGUACCUGCCCCACCUGACCAAACAACCCCCUCCUGCUGCUAGCUCAGGCAGCAGAGAUGUGCAGAGACUCAGCGAGAGAGUCAGUAUCCUCUAAACACACUCCUGGAGUUCAGGAAAGAUGUUCGUACCCCUUUAAUACACACUCAGUCUCCCACACACUCUCUCACAACCAGUCUUUCUCACUCUCUGUUUCUGUCUUUCUCUCGCAUGUGCGCAUAUGCUCUUUCUCUCUGACCCUCUCGUGUGCUUUCACUCUCUCUCUCUGACUCUCAUGUGCUCUCUCUGUCUGACUCUCUCGCACAUACUCUGUCUGAAUGUUUCUCUCACACACUGACUUUCACGCACACUGUCUGACUCUCUCUCACACACUCUGUUUCUCUCUCACACUGACUCUCUCAUGCACACUCUAUCUAUCUCUCUCUCGCACUCUGUCUGACUCUCACACUCUGACUCUCUCGCACACACUCUCAGUCUGUCUGUUUCUCUCUCACUCUCGCACACUUUCUGUCUGAAUCAUUCACACUGUCUCUGUCUGUCUGACUCUCUCUCGCACAGUCUCUCUGACUCUUCACACACUCUCUGUCUGUGUCUCUCUCACUGACUUUCUCUCGCACACUCUCUAUGUCUGACUGACUCUUGCACACUCUCUGACUCUCUCUCUCUCUCUCUCUCUCUGUCUGACUCUCUCUCUGUCUGACUCUCUCUCUGUCUGACUCACACAUUCUGACUCUCACACACAGUCUGUCUGUUUCUCUCUCACAGACUUUCUGUCACACACUCUCUGUCUGACUCUCUCAAACUUUUUUUCAGUUUUUCUGUUUCUCUCACACUGACCUUCGCACACCAUCUGUCUGACUUUCUCUCACACACACACUCUCUUUCUCUCUCUCAAACACUCAGUCUGUCUGUUUUUCUCACACACUGCCUUUCUAUCGCACAUUUUCUCUCUCUGUCUCUCGCGCACACUCUCUCUGUCUGUCUGAUUCUCUUGCACACUCUCUCUCUGUCUGUCUGUCUCUUGCACACACUCUGACUUUCUGUCUCUCGCACAUUUUUUCCAUCUGACACUCUCGCUCUCUCUCGGAGAGGGCUCUGUGGAUUGAGACUUUAACCCCCUGACCGAUCAGUCUUACUCCUGCAGUGUGGGAGGUCAGGAUCUCACUCAGUGGGAUGUGAGAAUCCAGUUAUUCAUGGGGCCACAGGAGAGGCUUGGUCCUGUACAUUAAAAGCCUUCCAACCCUAACUGGGCACAGGGCGGUGGUAGAGGAACAUUCAGUCUGACUAACAAAGCUGCUAAUCUGCCUGUUGGUUAGGGUCAAUAUUUAGGAGGGGGGUAAUUAAAAGGGGAAAGAAAUUAAUCCCCCCCCCCACAAAAAGAGGCAGUGAGCUAUGGACAUGUUUUAAGUGUAUUAUAUACUCACAGUACCUUUAGUAUUUUUAAAGAUAGGAACAUCGUACUGCUUUAGCAAUCCCUGCUCCUAAACUGGAAGGGUCAUUCACCAGUUUGCUAACCCAGGGGCUGCCUUGUGUUCUAGGUGAAGCCAGUGUUAACUAUAUUGCUUCCUGCAUUGGAUUAGCCACACUGGGAUUACAGCGGCCAAUAUUCAGAACUUCUCUUUCAUCUACCUGUUCAGAGAUGCUACCACACUCCCUCAGGAGCAGGAGGGACUUGAGCCCAGUCCUCCUAGCUCAGAGGCAGGGACACUGAGCCCUCGGGAGCUCAGGGAAAUGGUGGGGAGCGUUUCCAGUUGGGGCCGGUGACUCUGGGAGCACUGUCCAGGAAACGAGGCCUAUGGAACCUGCCAGAGCCUGCCUCAGACUCCCAGCCUUGAGUCAUUGAGGUGGGGAAGGAGCAGGAGGGAGUGGGGGCUGCCAGUUUGUAUAGUGUGGGACCCCCUACAGAUCGGACUGGGUGGACAGGGGCUAAACCUUGCAAGAGGAGGUAAAUCCUAGAAGGGUUCAGAAAGUUACAGCGAGGGAGCUCUCUCGCUUGAGUGAAUGCUAUCAGCAUUCUCUGAUGUGUUGUAUGUUACUUAUUUAUAUAAAUAUAUAUUGUACAGAAGCAGAGACUGCAAACUGAGAACAAAAGUAUAUUAAGUGUUCCCAUGUCUCCGCAUUGUUGUGUGGUUGGGACUGUGGGUUUGUUUCUAAUGUUACUCCUGCAACUGUCAUUCCCUCUGCCCCUUGUCAACAUCAAUGUGAGUCUUUUUUAAAACUGUAGAAAGUUCCUGCAGUGCCUGAGAUUAUGUUUGUCUGUCUGUCUGUCUGUGUCUGUGUCUCUCCCAUUCUUUUUUUGGUCUCUCCCAACUCUCAGCAAACCCACUCCCCCAUUGUUGUGGUGUGUAAUGUAUAUAUUUUUAAUAAAAAUGUAUUACUCUG